GAAGAAGAUCAGGUUUAACAGAGAGAGGGUUUGCAAAAGGAAAAAUGGAAACAGUAUACCUGUAAAUAGACAAAAAUCCGAAAGACAGUAGACAUGAGAGUCGCCACUGUGGCCUUUUACGGGUGUGCACUGGGUCUUCUGGCGAUGGGCCUGCGAGAAAUGUUUUCGGGAUUUGAAGAGAAUAGGUGCACAAUGACCUAUAUGUUCGAGUACCCCGAGUACCGGCGUAUUGCCCUGCCCCGACGCGUGGCCCGCCAGUACCCAGCGUAUGGGCUUUACCUGUACGGAGAGGGCCAGUACGCUCAGGACACUCGCGGACUAAAACUAACCGGGGCCCCUGUUCUUUUCCUACCUGGAAACGCAGGCAGCUACAAACAAGCUCGCUCCCUGGGUUCGGUGGCUCUGAGGAAGGCUGAGGCCCUGGAAGGAGGGGUCCACCUCAACGUGUUCACCAUCGACUUCAACGAGGAGCUUGUGGCCCUGUAUGGAGGCAGCCUGCGCCGGCAGACCCACUUCCUACACGAGAGCAUCAAGGCCAUCCUGCGCCUCUACAAGGAUCAUGAAGCCCCCCCUCAUAGUGUGGUGUUGGUGGGUCACUCCAUGGGGGGAGUGGUGGCCCGAGCCCUCUUCACCCUGCCCCGCUUCAGCCCUCGCCUUGUCAGCCUCAUCAUCACCCAGGCCUCCCCUCACCAGGCCCCCGUGCUGUCCCUCGACGCACACCUACUGGAGUUCUACUCUGCUGUGAGACAGCGCUGGGUGGGUCGAGCGGAAGACCUGCGCAACGUGACAGUUCUCUCCGUGGGGGGUGGUUACCGUGACUACCAGGUGCGCUCCGGCCUCACGGCCCUGCCCUGCCCCCAGGACGACCCAAGCAAGCUGUCUCUGGUGGUUACUGCUGUUCCUAGGACCUGGGUGUCCACGGACCACCUGUCCAUUGUUUGGUGCAAAGAGCUGGUUCUGGCCACUGUGCGGGCAUUCUUUGACCUCAUUGAACCUGAAACGGGACAGUUUUCAGACAAUCCAGAGAGGAGAAUGGCCAUUCUGAACCAUCAUUUUAUCAGACACCCUGUACGUGUGCUGGGUGAGCAGCUAGAGACGCCCGUUUCCCUCUCAGGGUCUCCUAAAACGUGGAGCGAGGUGAACACACUCCGUCUGGCGUACAGUGCUCCCAAAGAAGGACAAGCCAAGUAUUUCCUGUUUGCCCUCUCCAGUCGCAGGAGAGCCUACAGCCACUUCUACUGUCGCAGCAACAACCUGUCUCUCCAACAGGAAAUGAUUAGCUGGGUUUACGGUUGUACACAGAUGAACGGAUCCAUGUGUGUGCAGGCAGUGGAUCUGUCUUUUGGAACAGAACUCCUCCCAGCUUACAAGGUUCUGACUCUGAGCCUCAGUGAGCUGUCCUCUGUCUCUCACCUCAUUGUGGUUGCCUCCAACCUCAACGGUAGACAGUUCACAGUGGAGUGUGAGUGGCAGAGACAGGAGUCUCAGACCGUCUCUGUUCCAGUACCACACGUUCUCUCCUUCGGCAUGAGUGUUAGUGACGUCACUCUCAACUCCACCGGACUUCGGCACACCAUUGAGCUGCAGCACUUUCAUCAGGUCUAUCAAGCUUUCAGAAUUUCAGUCGUAAGCCACUGCAAAGUAACCAAAGCAGACAGACUGCCCAAUGUCUACAUAAUGAAGGUGCCAUGGUUUAGGGAGGACUCCGUUACCACGUCCAGUAUUCCCUCUGUAACAGAGAUAUCGGGAAUGCUCCACACUAGUCGUCCUGACAACUCCACUGGUGUCCUGUUGCAGCUCCACACUGCCCCCAACUGCCACUAUAAGGUAUCUGUGAGAACAUCAUUUCCCAGGGUGAUUGGACAGGUGCUGAGGUUCUGUGGGCCCGUGUUGCCGGUGUACGUGGCUGUAGCGCUCCUACUGGCCUGUGGGGGGCAGAUGUCCUCUGUCGUGAGGAUGGGGCGCCCCCUACAGAUGAGCCAUGCCGUGGCCAGAUCCCUGCAGCCCCACAAGGUGGACCUUCCCGUCUACCUGCUGCAUCUGCUGCUCAGGUAUAGCUGGUUCCAGGAUGGUUGGUCCACUCUUCAUCUCCCGCCGUUAGAUGCUCUCCCCGCCACUUCCCCAGAUGGUAUGACACAGGAGGGCUUGCCCCUAAACGAAGACUGGCCACGCCUCCUGUCCCCCCUGCUGUAUGUUUUGGGAGCAGCCAUGGCCUUCUGGGGCAGCGUGCUGCUCCGCCUCUUUCUAAGGCUACUUUCGUUGCUAUUGGCCCCGCUUCACAGGCCCUCUGUGUCUCGGGACUGCGGCACCCUGCGUAGGCGGACUCAGCUGCUCCUCAUCCUGUGUCUGAGCAUGUUAGGAUGGGCUUCCUGUGGAGCCCUGUCAAUCACAGCCACCUUCCUGCUGCAUCUCUACCGAGUUCUAAGGCUACAGAUGACAGAGAGGUCUCUGCGUCAUAUGCUGAACCUGGCGCCCGAGAAACAAACCGACAAAGAGAAAGGCACUGGGGAAAAAGAGAAAGGCACUGGGGAAAAAGAGAAAGGCACCGGGAACAGUGAGGCCCUGGACAGCAAACCUAAAGAAUGUAACGGCGCCCCCCUGCUAUCGGACUCGGUACUGCAGGAUGUGAGCGAUGACCUGCAGCUGCACGUCAGCCUGUCUGCUCUCCUCACUCUACCAGUCAUGCUCUGUGCCCCAUCACUGAUCCACUGGACCCGCAACCUCAGAUAUUCUGUUGCUCGUUUGGAUCCUGACCCUUGCUGGCCCCACUCCGUGCCUCUCUUCAUCGCCUCUCUGCUGCUCAUCAACUGUAACACACUCACUCUCAGCUACAGUAAAACCCUGCCUAUCACAUCCCGCCUGCUGUUGCCUCUCUCCGUUGCCAUGGUGUCUUUCUCCCCACUCCAUCUAUACCGUGUAAACUACUUUGUGUCUGCAGCCCUGGUUCCGUUGGCUGUUUCCUGUCUCUUCUGAGUUCUGCUGGUACCUGCGCUGGGCUUAUCACUCAGCAGACUCACAGAUCCGGGUCAGGUCCCCAAACUGGUCAAAGCUAGUCUGGCCUGGGAUUUCAGGCCCUGAAGGGGACGAGGAUGGCAACCCUACAGCAGAGCCAUAGACAUACAUAGUUUGCGAAACUGUCCGCCAUGUUGUCUCCAAGUGUUCCAAGCUUUUGGUGCCAACAUGGCUACCAUUGGAAUUCCCAGUCUUAACCAAGUUUGCCUUACUCUGUAUAUAUAUGGCUCUGUCUUCAAGGAGCAUGACGCGAUUACUCCUUCAUAACAAAUGUCACACCUGAUACUUGUGGUUCUCAACAGGAUAUUGCUCUCAUCGUUUUUCAUACAACUGUAAUUGAACCUAUUUUAGUACAGUGUAAUUGUGGUAAUAAUGAGUAUGAGGGGAUUUGUCUCGUGUUUAUUGGAUUCUGUUUUUUGGCCCUAAACUUCUUGGCCUGUCUUAUUGGUAACUUUGAAUACACUCAUGAAGCUAGCUACCUUUACUCUGUCAUUAGUAAGAUGUCAUAAGCAGUCGUGUUGCAAUUAGGGUUGCAAAACUACCUGUAAUUUACCAUUUAUACAAUUUAAAAAAUAUAUUUUACAUGCUAUGAAAACCUUAAACUUUUCAAAAGUCUGGUAGUUUACUGGUCAAUUUUGAAAGUUACCAGUAACAUUCCCUCCCUUUGCAACCUUAGUUACAAUGAUGUCAUGCAGCUAGCUGUACUGUAUGCAAGAUGACCGUGGCUAACUCGCUUGCUUGGCUAGCUAUUGUAACUGCACCGGACAUGUUCCGUCAUGCUUUUGACAGUGUAAAGAUUUGAAAGGUUUUUCUUAAACUCUUAUCACACCCUCAAACCUUCUUCAACUGCUAUCUUACGUUGCUAUCGUCCUGUUCAAAGCACAGAUGAUGCGUUUUUGAAAGUGGAGCUCCUAACUACAUAACCUGUUCUUAGCCAAGUAUGGUCGUUUUAUUAUGCAGUAAUGUGGCCAUAGCUAUGAAUGUUAUUGGUUAAUCUCGAUCUAAAGUGACCGGGUCCUUACUACCUAGGCUAUCAUGAGGAAUGGAUGACCCUGAACACAAUAGCUUAAUUUAGUUGUGCAAUGUUGUAGGAAGGUUGUAUGGAGCUAUUCCAGAUCAUUGGGGGUAUAACUUGACAUUGUAUCUAUGUCGUAACAUAACUACUCAAGCAGUUUUUCCUGUGCAUCUCUAUGGACGGAGUCCAGGUUGAUGUUAUCCAUACUAGAGUAUAUUAGAUCUGAUAUUACCUUGCAAACAGGCCUAUCAUGUGACUCUGCUAUUCUGUUAAAAGCUACUGUCUAUUUCUGAUUUAACAAAAUGUCCUCUGCUUGAAGAGCUAGCUUUAAAGGGAUCUUUGGCUUUUUUUUUUUUAUUGAUGUCGUUAAGAGGCCAUGGCCCCUAUUAUUUACUAGAAGAGUCGUUACUUACUUGGAAAACAUCAGCACUUGGUAUUUCCAUUUGCCUUAAUCAGUUACCUCACAUUUUUCCAAACUGGACUUUCUAAAGACACAUAGCUCCUGCAUUGAAAUACAGUUGACAAACUGACAUCGGCUUGGUCUCCACAAGGCAGACACAUGUAUAAAUGUGUAUUACACUCAUUGUCGUAAUGAAAGCACAGGGUUGUAGAUCUUCAAGAUCAGAUGAAGGAGCUCUAUUGCCACCGAUACAUGGAGGCACCAGAGAUGGUGCCUUUAGACUGUUUCACCCUCUACUGUUUGCUAAUUCAAGGUGGGUGUGUUUGCGUAAAACCCUAUCAGCCAUAGCUCCACUCCAAUGUACAACACAGUGGAUUGUGUUAGUGGUGUUUUUUGACAAUUGUUUUGUAAGAAUUAACCAAUAGUGUCUGUGUGUUUGUACGUGUACUUUUGAUGCUCACCAGCACCCCUUGACCCCAACUCUGUUGGCAUCCCUUGGACAAAGCAGCUAGUGCCUUUCUGCCGAUUUGCCCCUCCCCCUCCACGCAUUCACUCUCCUAUCUGCCUGUCAAUCAAGACACUUCCCUAGUAUAGGGCAUAAGAUUGUGACAUAGACCAGCAUCUCUGAGUGACUAAUCUGGUCAUCUGAGUGCAACAGUAGUGAGCAUAACUCUUGCUUGUAGCUGUCUUAACACUUUUAUUUGCAAGACCGAACAGAUUUCAAAUACAGAAUGGUUACAUGGAAUGGAACAGGUUAUGUUGGUGUAUGUUAAAUGACUUGACAAAGCCACAACGGUGUUAUGUCAAGGUAAAGGCAGCUUGGUUCUCGUACAGUGUUACGACUUUUCAAGCUCAACAAGACAGGCUAGGAAUUGAACACCUUUGUCCAUCCUAGCUAGCUUCAAUUUAAAGAGACCAAACUCACUCCAGUACGAACACACACGCAUAUACUACACACUCUCCCCGACGACACCCCCCUUCCCCGUGUCACCUGCACUGUGAAUGUACCUGUUUGUGUGUGCAUAAGUAUGUAAGACCUUUAGUGCGGGUGCUUUGUGUGUACUAAACUAUAGUAUGUCAAUGUGGUGCAGUUUUUAGUGCUUUGAAACGUACAUACUCUGCCUCACUCCAAAUGUGAAUUGUGACCAGAUUUAUAUAGAUGAAACUUUGUGGUAAAACUAGUAGAAAUGGGCAUAUGUUUUCUAUGAAUAUGAUAGAUAUUUUUUUUCUUCUUUUUUUUAUUGGUGUUCACUGUGACCGGUGCCCGUGAUUUCUGAAGUGAGAUUGACACCUCGGCAACUACUCAUGUUCUAACGUAACCAACCAGAGUGAAGCUGUCGCCACAAGCAUAUCUCAAUUUAAAUGUUUGUUUAAGCUUUUUAUGCUCUUUGAGAUUAUUUUUUAUGUAAUGAAAAGCACUACACAAGUUAAAUAAAUAAUAAUCAUUGUAUGGAAUACUGUUCCUUGAACCUUGAAAUGCCUGUUUGCCUGUUAUGAUUGUAAUGUUAGCAGUCAUAAUUUUUAAAAAUUAGAAUCUGUUUAUUGCAACUGUAAGUGGUCAUAACAGUUGUUUGUUAUUAAAAGCAGACAUAAUUCACGUUAUGAUUGCCUGAAAAUGUAUAUGAUCACGGUAAGAGUAACGGUGUGGAAUGACGAAUGAUUAUACCAAGGAUAUAGCUGAUGAUUUUAAGGAAAGUGUCUCCAAAUUGUACAUAUUGUGUGUCCAAUGAAGUGAAUUGCUGUUGCUUCGUGCUGUUGUAGCUUUACUGUUGCAACUAGGAUGCUAGACAGACUUCAACUCCACAGCGACCCCCCCACACACACACUACUACUUUGAUUCACACCCAAGGACAAAAUACUUGCAUGUAAAUGUCCCAACAUACAUAUUCAACUAGAGUGGUAGGUUUAGUUCGGCAGCUGCAAAGUCCAGAUGAAUGCUAAAAGUUUGUUUGGGUCUCCACUUGCUCUUUGAUGUUCUGUUGACUAUAGGGAAGUGAAUAUCCAGUUAAGUGUUACCAAACUGUCGUUACACGCUGAUAGUCAUGUUACUGAUGCGGUCUCUUGCUGUUUCUGUCCCAGGUGACUUUCAACCUAUAACCUCCUAUCUCGAACUGGUCCUCGUUGUGUGAAGAUGGUCUCUUGCUGACCUUUGCUGAACAAGAAAUGUUCCAAAAAUUAAAUUGGACCCAAAAAGACCUUGCCUGAGUGAAUGUUUGGAGUCUGUUUCUACAGUUCGGUUAUAGGUCAAGUGACAAGGACGGGCAUACUCAAUUCUCAGGUUUUAGCAUUGUCGCAACAAAAAAGAUUGCUUUGGUGUUUUUUUUAUAUUGUAAACAUUUUUUAUCUAAUGUUAUUAUAACAUAUUUGUGCAAUUUGUUAGCAUUAUUUCUGUUUAAAUAAAGUUGUGAGAAGAAAUGGCAA